GAUGUUGAGAGUAUAGCGCCUGCUCCUGCGCAAGGGACAGAGCCGGUAGAUUCUCGACCGACCUCGAGUAACUAGGAGGGAGAGGCUAAACAAGCCUUUUACCAAAUAAUGAAUGACUGGUUUACUCAAUAUGUCCAAACAAAUCCGGUUGUACAACGACUUCCACCCCCGACUAAUCCAUCUUCGGUUCCUGUUAUACCUCAAGUAAGUGAUCCGAUGAGAUUACUUAAACCUCCUGUUGAUAAAAUUCGAAAACACGGGGCCGAAGAGUUCAGAGCUACUGAUGAUGAUGACGCUGAGCGAGCUGAAUUCUGGCUAGAUAAUACUAUUCGAGUAUUUGAUGAGUUAUCUUGCACCCCUGACAAGUGCUUGAAAUGUGCCAUAUCCUUGCUACGGGACACUGCAUAUCACUGGUGGAAUACACUAGUAUCGGUGGUUCCGAAAAAGCGACUGACCUGGGAAUUCUUUCAGACUGAGUUCCAUAAGAAAUAUAUUAGCCAGAGAUUCAUUGAUCAGAAAUGUAAGGAAUUUCUUGAAUUGAAACAGGGUCGGAUGACAGUGACAGAAUAUGAGCGGAAAUUUGUGAGACUCAGUAGAUAUGCUCGAGAGUGUGUUUCGACUGAAGCUAUUAUGUGUAAAAGAUUUGAAGAUGGGCUGAAUGAAGAUAUUAAACUGUUAGUGGGCAUACUUGAGAUAAAGGAGUUCGUAGUACUUGUUGAACGAGCUUGUAAAGCUGAGGAGCUCGGGAAAGAGAAGAGGAGAGCUGACUAUGAACCUCGAGAUUCCCGUAAAUGAUCAUUUAGUAAAUUGUUCCAGUAGACCUCAAGGAAAUCCAGAGAGGAUCAUAGCCGAUCUAAAGCUACUGCAGGGUUUCCUAAGUAUGAUCGAGAUCGACCCCCUGUGAGUUCACGAGCUACUUCAAUUGCUAGCGUUGGUAGUGUUCGAAAAAAUAGAUCAGAGUGCAAGCAUUGUGGGAAAUGGCAUCCUGGAGAUUGCAGAUUACAUGAUCGGUCUUGCUUCAAGUGUGGUUCAAAGGAUCAUUUCAUUCGAGAGUGUCCGAUGGUAGCUGAUCAAAAUACUGUGCAGAAUACCAGACCGAGUAAUGUGUCAGUAUGGGGUAGACCGCCAAGGCAUUUGGGUAAUGCAAGUGGUAGUCAGAGAGGGACAAAGGACACAGCAGUUCGAUCUGAGGCUCGUGCACCUGCCAGAGCAUAUGCUAUCUGAGCUCGAGAGGAGGCUUCUUCUCCAGAUGUUAUUACUGGUACUUUCACUCUUUAUGAUACUAAUGUUAUUGCGUUGAUUGAUCCUGGUUCGACUCAUUCUUAUGUGUGUGAGA